GCCCUGCGUUUCCCUUCCACUGCUUGAUACCCCUCUGACCGUCGACGGCCAACCAAGGAUAUCCUCGUCAACUUGUCCAGCUUUCUGUGCGAUUUAACUACACAUCAGCGAGGUCUUCGCGUCUAGCAAACCGUAGCUGAUCGCGAUGUCCUACGCUCCUCGCUCACCGGUCCCGGUCUACGCGCAGCCGCAUCAACCCGGCGUAGCAUACGCGCCCACCGCAUCUCCGAUCCCUCAGCAAGUCCAAGUUCAACCUGGGCAAUAUGUCAUAGGGCAGCCAGCAACGUCUCCCUUCGGGCAACCCGGAAUGCCCCAGUAUGCCUCAAGCCAACCCGGUGUGCAGUACGCCGCGAGUCAACCGGGCGUUCAGUAUGCCUCGAGCCAACCCGGAAUGCAAUACGCCUCAAGCCAGCCCGGCGUGCAAUACGCCUCGAGCCAGCCAGGUGUUCAGUACGCCUCGAGUCAACCGGGUGUGCAGUACACCACCGGCCAGCCAGGGCCCAUGCCGGUACAACCCAUGUCGCCGACGUCUACCCAACAGAUCCAGCCUGGAUCGAUAACGUACACCACGAGCACUGGUCCGGACGGACGUACGAUCUACCAUCAGUUCAAGGCUGUUGCCGCAGCCUAUCAGACACCCCAGGGAGUGGUCAGCGGUAUCCAAUGGAUCCCAGCUGAGGCCACGUCCGUUCUUCCUCAGAACGCCCAACCUGCCACCGCGGAAUUCGCGGCGUCAUGGAAUCGUGGAUACCUGAACCGCGAUGAGGAGCGCUCCUUGAAGGACAGGCAACGCGACGAAGACAAGCGCCGUCGCAAGGAGGAAAAAGCGGCAGCUAAGCAAAGGCAGUGGGAAGAAGCGCGACGCGAGCGCGAGAUGGCUGAAGAACGCGAAGACAUGGAGCUCCGCAGGGCUCGCGAACGCGACGCUGUAUCCAUAUCUCGCAGGAAGAGCUUCAACGCCGGCGCCCCCCCCGACUCCGCCGGUCUCGUCGGAGGCUUCGGUCAAGUGCCCACGGGCGUCGGCGUCGGCGGUUACGGCGCCUCUGCUCCCUUCCCCAGCUCGGGCUACGACCGCUCGGGUUACGCAGGAUCGGGCGCGGGCGAUCUCGAGCGACGAUUCGAGAACCUUGGGUUGGACGGCAGCGCCGCUCAAGCGGAGCUGGAGUACGCGCCCGAGCGCGCCAGGCGCGAACGUAAGAGGAGUACCGGCUUCGCUCUUCCCCGCUCUCGCAAGUCUUCCGUCGUCAACUUCGACGCGCCCCCGAGGAGGCCUAUCGACGACGGGAGCCCCACCGACCCGUAUCCGCCUGGUGGGUUUGGUACGGCUGGCUCGGCCGGGUACGGCGGCGCUGGCUACCCUACCGCCCGUGGUGCACCCUCGCCCUACCACGGCGGAACUGGGCUGCCGGGCGGCUACCCAUCCGGGUACGCGGGAUCCGACGGCUCCGCCGGGCGCGAGGAAACCUACAAUAGACGCAGCUCCAUGUAUGCUGGUGGAGCAGGACGGGCCGUGUCCACCUACGCCAGCGACGGGCGCACUUACCCAGUUGGCCACAUCCUCGAGGGCCAGCCAAUGCCUAGGUCCCCCAUCCCGGGGAUGCCCGCGACGGUGGACGCUCCAUACGCCUACCCCACUUCUCGACCUCCGUCGCGCAAUGCUGGCGGAUCUUACCCCAUCGCGCGGCCAGUCUCCCGCAACGGGUAUCCCACCGCCCCUGGCGGCGGCGGCGCGUACACCGCUGCGCCCGCCGCAGUCGGCUUCCCGACGUCUCGCCCGCCUUCUCGACUGGCCGGAUCCAACAUGCCUGCCCCUGUCACUGGCGGGUUUGCAGCUGACGCCGCUGCCGGUCUCAGCACGCCGGAGGGCUUCUCUCGCCCGCCCAAUCUUGCGCAGCCGUACACGGCCUUCGAAACACUCAAGAUCCAGGAUAUGGAUGAUUUCUCCAAUUACAUCCCAAGGAUGCCACUGGUGUUGAUGCCUCAUGAUGUGUAUCACGAGGACUGGAUUCGUUUCAUGCAGGACGUUCAUCUUGCCUGGACUGGCAAACUCCCAGUUCCGGACUCUCGUCCGAGACGUCGUUCAACCCUCACCAUCGACCUCGUCGAACUGUGGAACUCGUCGUUCUUCCUCGCCCGCGGCGUCGAGGUCGUUCUAUACAAAGGUCGCGAACGCCGCACUGGCCCUGGCGCAGGCACUGUGGACCCCAACCUUCCAAUGCUCGAAGAGUCAGAGCUGCUCACGUCUUCGGAUUCGUCGUCCGACUCCGAGGACGACGACGACGCAUACUCGGAACGCGAGCGUGAGCGUUAUCGCGGCUUGUACGGAUCCAAUGCACCCUACAACCGCCAGUGGGAGGCACAAAUGGCAGAAGGUAGGCUUCGCCGGCAGGAACGGAAGGCGGAGAAGAAGAGGAGGACCAAAGAGAAGAAGCUGAGACGUAAGGUCAGGGAGAGAGAGCGCAAGUACGCCCUUUACCUGACCUACGUGCCCCUCCGGGAGUCCCCAGGCAGCUCUAUCUAUGCCUAAGGGCUUUGAAACUCCCACAUUCGAUGAUGACGACGGGGUAUUGUUUGAUUGUACUGGAAAUUUUGUUUGCUUGAAUACCUAGGGUCUGCGUAUAUGCUUUCGAUCUGCCGUGUAUCAAAACGGAACUAUAGUUACAUGAAUAGGAACACAUGGAACGCGCUAGAGGAAGUGUUGACCAACAGUCCGUGGAAUAUCGCAAUUAUUGCUAUCAUGCUUAGUAUCGGCCUCCCCGGUACGAGUUGUUAUAGGAAGCCUGUCCUCGUGAGUAUCCGGUGUUGCUCGAGCCAUAGCCACCGUAGCCUCCACCCCCACCACGACCAUUGCUUUGUCCUCCAUAUCCGCCACCGCGGCCGUUGCUAGCUGCCCCAUACCCUCCGUAGCCGCCGCCGUAUGGAUUGGGCGGAUUACCGUUGUUAUAAACUCCUUGUCCUCCGUAGCCCCCUACAUCUUGUCCUCCAUAACCUCCUCCACUGUAACCUCCUCGAUAUGGAGGUGCGGAACCCCGCCCGUAGCUGCCAGCCCCGUAAGCAUUGCUGGCAUAUGGAUCAUGGUCACCUCUUGCAGGUGGUGGACCACCACGACCGGCCCCACCAUAACCGUAGUUGUUAUAGUUCGUGGGUGGCUGAGCAUUUCCAUAUCCACCGUAAACCUGGCUCGGUGGUUGUUGCGGCGGAUAAGACUGGCGAGGUCCUGAUAACGGUCCUCGGGAACCUUGGGAAUGACCGCCGUAUGUGUUGCCACCGCGAUUGCUGUAGGUGCGGUCGGCACCGUAGUUGUUGGAGGCAUAGGCCCCCGGCGCGUUCCUGUAGCCAUCAUUAUCGGACCGGCCGCGGUCAGAUCCACCACGACCGCCACCGCGACCGCCGCCUCCCCGGCCGCGAUAUGUGCCAGCUGCUCUUUGCCGAGUGACCUCCAGAUCAUUCGCGUUGAGAACUCGCGCAGGUCGCUUAGUGCCGCGUAGCAGAACUGAGCGAUGUGGCGUUAGCUGCUUCGGGAAGAAGUACAGAGCCGACAGGGAUCGAUCGUUCGGUAUAUCUGGCAAGUCGGCUCCUUUAAUGCCCUUAAUCGGCGAAUAAUACGUGGAACCAGGGAGGCAAGCCGGAUCGGGCAAAAGACUUCCAUUGAUGCCUCUGCUAAAAUCCGGGUUGAUUGGGACGGGCUUGUCAUCCUUUCGUUUGCCAUAUAAGGCUUCGAUGGUCGGGUAGAGGCCAUUCUCAUCGCCGACAAACAAGAAGUUAUUUCCCCACUUGUUACGAUGCCGUUCGUCAUCCGAGAUAUGAUUGUAAGGUUCCGACAUAGCAUCGAGAAGACGCUUUUCAUCAAUGAAAGGCAACAACGCGACUCCUUGCCACGCCAUCUUUUUGCCAUUCAUGUCGAUCUGGAACGUAGUGGGGUAGAAAUCGAUGAUGGGGGAGUCCUCAUCCGUCAUCAAGCGUUGGAAGGGUUCAGGUAUGUGUUUUCGACUAGCCGCAGGGAAUACGCCCAUGAGCUGUUCAAAUGGCUUGAACGGUGAACCAAUGUUAAACUUGAUGUCCAUCUUUUCGAGUUCCUCGAAGUCGGCAGCGAAGGGCGCAAAGUGAUACGGGUAGUACCAUUGCCAUGAUGGUGUGCCUUGGUAGUAGUAGUGCAAGACCCAUGCCAUGCCCUCAACAUAGGAUUUGGUCAAUUGUUUCUUGAACUCGGUAUCAGUGUAUUCCACGCCAAAUUUCUGGCGAUAAUACCGUUCCUUAUAGCCGGGCUCCCAUAACUUGACGAAGUCCUCCUGUUCUACGGUCCCAUCGGCAUUCACCUUCAUCGCCAAUGUUGCCGUUUCGGCGUCAGCAGGCGCAUCAUCCUCUUCCGGGAUGAUGGUGAUGUCUUCAUCUUCUUCAGCGUCGGCCAAAGAUUCAUCGAUUUUGCGUUUGACACCUCGCGGUCCCUCAGACACGUCGUCGGUCAUCGAUGCGUCUGGGUCCUUGUCUGCCAUCACCCCGUUGGCUACAUCUGCGCCAUUCGCGUUGGGGAAACCAUCGGUUUCAGCCAUAGUUGCGAGGGUAGAUAUGGAGGCUGAUAAACCGGGUACGUCAGACUCAGUAUCAUCGCUCGCAGGAACUGUAGCCGCAGCCACCACCGUGGCCUGCGCGAUCGAUUCGGGGGACAGGGAUGCGGGCAAGGAAGUAGACGGAGUCUCAGGUAAUUGGACAGUGUUAACAGGCUUGGGGGGUAAUGAAGCCUUCGCGGAUGGUUUGAGAGGCUGAAGCCCAGCCAUCUCUGCCUUCAAUGCCUCAGCCGCAUUCAUAUUUGCCAUACGAAGUGCUGCUCGAUUGGCUACCCAGUCAUGGUUCGAGCCAGCAAUCGCUUUGGUCACGCCAGCGUUCUGUUCGGCCGACGACGAGGACGUGGAGCUGCCGAGGCCCAUGGAGUCAGCGGCGAGCGCGAAGUCUGUCUGAGGUUUCUGAGGCAAGGACGGAUGUAUAGGAGGAGGAGCAGCAGGAUUUGCAGUCAAUUGCAGAUUAGGCGAAGGGCCAGUGGUGAUAGCUGAAGCACCAAUGGAAACAUCUACAACUUUGGAUCUCUCAGUUUUUCGACGUUUGGCUUCCUGAUCCUGACGCUCCUCCGCUUCACGCCUUCGACGGAAUAUAUCGUCUUCCCUACGAGCCAAGCCCUCAAGAAUGAUUUCCACCCGCUUGUACUCCAAUUGCCCAUGAUCUGUAAGAUACCCGCCCAUACGUGGCAACUCAGCUCUCCAGAUUUUUAGGAGAGUGUCGAUGGCGCCUUCGCGGAUCUCCAAAGAUGGCAGAUGAGGCAAGAAGUCGUUACCGACGAAGAAGAUGAGCAAAACCCAGUCAUCGAUGGCCCGUUCGAGGUCGAAUGUAAAUGGCGUCUGCGGAACGUCUAGUUCGACUUCCAAAUACUCGCGUAGAAUUGCGACAUCGAGGAAAAUAAACGGCUUCUUUUCAGGCGGAGUCUUCUUGAUUUCCUUCUUCUCGCCGGUGCAUUGCGCUGCAUAAUGACCCUCUUCGCCGCAGAUUCGGCAUGCUGUCUUGCUACCGUCCUGGAAGAAAACAUCUUCUCGGAGGACACGGAAAUGAGGCUCGUGAGUAGCUAAUGACAACAUGAUAAGAUCAGCAUCCAAUCCGUAGAUGACAUGCUGGGUGUUUGGAUCGUGACCAGGGUUAGAUCGUUGUCGGCGGAUGAAGUCCAUGAUCUUGUGUUCUCCUUCUCCCGGGACGCUUGCAUCGGAUAUAUAGACUUGCAUGUUCUUCCAGCCAGGGUCCGUAUUAAUUUUCUGCACAACCCAAUAUCGCAAAGACCUCGCGAGGAGGUCCAUGAAUGGUGUUCCCGGAGUAAUGGCAUUGGAGUCCCAAGCCUUCUUGUUCUUCUCUUCCGCGCUGACUGUCUUGCCCAUAGCUUCCCAUAUUUCGAAGGACUCCAAACGUGCCUCCUCUUUGUCUUUGGCUUCUUGAGCGGCUCGGAAACGUCUCGACCGCUGCUGGUUCAUCUUUGCGCGAGGAGCAACGCCGUCGAUAGCCAUGAAAAGCAGUUUUCGUGGCCGUAUCAUGUUCACGACACGUUCCGUGUAGUUGAAAAUUUCAAUCAUCAUUUCCUCCUCGGUUUCCGGUGCGGGCUUGCCUUCCGGAUGAGUGCACGGAUGGACAAUGCCGUUCAUAUCCAAAUAUAGGUUGUCGAAUUCAACGCCAUUAGGGUUGGGACGGGAUAUAUCCACGGGUACAGUCACCUCCUCGCCGGAGUCGGUGACAAGCUUCUCCGGCGUGGCUUCAUGUACAGGUAGCACAAUCUUAGGAUACUUCUUGCUGAGCCAGCGGAACAGCGCCGGAACACCCAUCUUUUCCCGAAGAAAAGGUCUAAGAAAGCGGGUAACGG